GGGCCGACAAUAUAACCUGGUGAAGUUGAAUUCUGAGAGAACGGGGGUAGGGUUUGCAGAGCAGAUAUGAGCAAUCGUGGUAAGAAGAAGGCGAGAACAUCGCAACAAUACGACCUCGGAGAUGAAGACAGAAUCAGCAGAUUGCCAGAUGAACUGAUUCACCGUGUCCUCUCUUUCGUAGACGCAAAACAAGCUGUUCAGACCUGUGUUCUCUCCAAACGUUGGGAGCUUGUAUGGACUAGUCUCCCUUUUCUCCGUUUCGGUCUGUACAAUUAUCAUAAACCUAUAGUCGUUUCUAAGUUCAUGCGUCAUGUUCUGUCCAAUCGUAAUGAUCAAUCCGAUGUUUCUCAUCUCAGUUUGUCUGUUAGAAAUAAAGGUCUCUCCAGGCAUUUACUUGAAAAGUAUGUUAAUUAUGCGAUCUCGCACAAUUUGCAAUGCUUAACUCUUGAUUUACAGGAUGAUAGUAAACCUAUUAACUUAUCCGCCUUCACUUCGAAGUCGUUGAGCAGCCUUACAUUGAAAGCGAAUCUCGAAAAAUGUGAGCGGAUAUCAGAUUGCUGGGAUUUACCUUUUUUAACAACUCUGAGCCUGAAAAGUAUGGAAAACCAUAGUAAAUUUUCGGAUAAUUGGUUCACAAUGACAUGCUUGCCUGCACUAAGAGAACUGCGUCUUGAUGAUUAUGAUCUGUCUGAAUCAUCGUUUUCUUUCAGCUUGCCAGCUUUAACAACCCUGUGUUUGUGCCGCUGUAGAUUGCCCUCAACAGUUUGGGACUUCCCAGCUUUAAAAAGUAUAGAACUACAUGGUAAAGAGUUCCCGCAAAAUUUGAAUAAAAUAUUCUCUGCGCUUGUUAAUCUACAGAAUCUCAAAGUAUUUUUAACAUCAAGUGAUCACCGAGAAAAUGUAAUAUGUUGUCCUCCUCAAUUGUUGAACCUGAGUAUCAUUGCCGCAGAUUACUAUCCUGGCACUUGUAACACCGUUUUGGUUUCGGCACCGAAACUGUGCAACUUCACAUCUUUUGGUAUCUUUACAGCCAUGGUUAGAGUUCCUGAGUUGGAAACUGUAAAUGUGAAGUUACAGGGUUUGUUUGAUAAUAUUGGAUGGGUAAAUAAGAAACAAGCUUACCUGAGGUUAAUUAAUAUGCUUCCAGGACUUGCUAAUGCCAAGAAUCUCAUUUUUGACUUGGAUAGCAUCAAGGCACUCGAUGAGAUGUCCUAUGUUCUUGUUAGUUUUUCUUCUCCAUUCCAUAAGCUGAAGUAUGUGAAGUUACCUCGAGGAUUCAAGGAAUCAAGUAUGUCUAGUCCUCUUAGAAGCUAUUUACUUGGAGGCUCUCCAAAUGCCACCUUCGUCACAAAAUUGCCCCAGAAUCAUGUUGUGGAAAAUUCCAAGAUAGAUGCUGACAGGGUUAGACAUAUUGAUGCAUCAGUGGAAGGGGCAAACAAAGAUCAGGCAAGCUCUUUAAGAGGGGAAAGAGAUUCUGGGUUAUGGCGGAGCCAUGAGGUUAAUUCUGAGUUUGUAUGCCUACUUGAUCGCAUUAUGCAGAAGUACCCGGAAACCUUUGAGCACUUCACCUCAAACAACAAGAAAUUGUGUACAAUGAAUCUCAAUAUGUUGUGCACCUCACUGAAUGACUUCUCCAAAAUAUCUAUAGGUAAUGUUGAUUCUGAGAUGAUUGUUGGGUACAGAGAAGUAUUUUCUUACUUGAAAAAUCAGGGAUUCAACUUAAGUUGGGUGGUGGACCGCCUCAACUAUAUAGAACAUAUCCGUUUCUCGAAACCCCUAAUUAAAGAGCUUCACUCAAUUGAUUGUCAUAUUGAUGAUGCUAAAACUAAAGUAAAAGAGCUGCAAGCUCGUGUUGUUGAUGCCAAAACUGAACCACAAGAUCCGUCUCUUAUUGAUGAUGCCAAAAUUAGAUUACAAGAUAAGCAGACUCUUCGUGUGGAGAAGUUGUCGGAGAUUGAAAAAGUUUUUGGAACAAUGGGUAUAAAGCUUGUUGUUGGUUUCAUUGGAGAUGAUCUACUGUGAUACCUGGCUUUCGUGGUUUGAAUGUUCAUUUGAAAGUUGUUUAGCCUUGGUAUUAUGCUGCAGUACUUUGGAAGUAUUAUGCUAUUUGAUAUUGUAUCAAACUGUUUAUUUGUGUGUUGUCUUAAACCAAUGCAACAUUUUGAAAGUUAUUUUCAUAUCAUGUAAGGAUAAAAGAUGUUUCGUUUUGCCAAAUUUGUAGCAUAUUGUAUCAUGACAUUUGAUAUGUAUGUUUUAUAUCAUUGUGAAAGAGGCUGUGACAAUCUUUGAGCA